CCGGAAGCCCAUCCUCACAGACAGUCGAGCAAGGCGGCUACGGAGCGUUCUGAUGCUCGUUUGUAACGCCUAAGCGCAUGCCUGUCGUCUCGAUUUCCAAGUCAACUUCCUCUCUGCGUUAGACCACUAGUAGUCGUCCGUUGUGGUCGGCGACGCCAACCUGUCGGCCCCUUCGCUUCACUUCACAGCGACCACCAAAAUGUCCGAUUCAACGCCCAGAGGUCCGACCUCAGCGACACUGGCCUCUCCAAAACUCGUCAAGCAGAAGCCAAACCCUGCUUUGGGCAGCCAAGUUAGCGUCGCAUUCGGCUGCGAACACGCUCACGCAUUCCACAAGUCGUCGCCGCAAGCAUGGAAAACGCUGUGUAGCCAGUACAACUCCGUUCUCAAAUCACUCAACAUGUCAUCGCCGGCCAAAUCACAGACGGUCCGACUGAGCAAAGAAAGCACUCGCCCGUCGCUACGACCGUCAUAUUUAUGCCUACAGUGUCCCAAUAUCUUCACGGAGGAUGGUAUGAAACCCCACUUUGAGGGACCGAAAGCGCAUAGUCUGUUUGUUGAAAGUAGGAGUGGCUACGUGUUCUGCAAUAAUUGUGAGGACUUUAUCUACGACCCGUACCUGGAGCAACUGAGAGUAAGAUCGAAGUAUCCCCGAGUCAAGAAGAGGAAGUUCGAUGACUACGCUGGAAUCGAAUCUAGCCCUCUUGUUGCUGGCAAUUCUGCGUUUGUGCCCUGUAGGGCAAUUGGAUUGAGAGGUCUAUACAAUAUGGGUAACACGUGUUUCAUGUCAGUCGUUAUACAGAGUCUGCUACAUAAUCCGUUUAUCAAGAGCUGGUACUUGAGUGAGGGUCACAAAAGCCAGGAUUGCGAGAGGGAUGCGUGUACUUCCUGUGCCAUGGACGAGAUAUUCAGUGAAUUUUGGUCCAGUGAGAAGACAGAAGGUUAUGGUGCUGUUCCGAUGUUACUGAGCAGCUGGAAGGCCAGUGAGCAACUCGCUGGGUACCAGCAACAAGACGCCCAUGAAUACAUGCAGUUCAUCCUGAACUCCCUGCAUUCUACGCACAAGCCCGGAAUAGCUGAGGGAGAGGCUGGAGAUGUUGAUGACGAACUCCAUGAUAACACCGAUACUGAUUGCGACUGUGUUAUCCAUAAGACAUUUUACGGUAAGCUGCAAAGCACGGUUACAUGCAACGAAUGCAAGAACAAGACCACAGCGUUGGAUCCAUUCAUGGACCUUUCACUAGAUCUCAAGCUUCAGGCCAAAAAACGCAAGAAGGACAAAAAUGCACAGACGAACGGCGAGACGAAAGAUGAGAUCGUGGUCGCUGGUGGUGGCAUCAGUGAUGAUGUUAUGAGGCUAGAAGAAUGUUUGGCAAGAUUUACCGGAGAAGAAAAGCUGGCAAAGGAGGAUUACAGAUGCGUUAAAUGCGACAGACAGAGAGAUGCGGUGAAACAGUUGAGUAUUCGAAAAUGUCCUCCCGUCCUGACGAUACACUUGAAACGCUUUUCGCACUCGAAAGACAAACCGACCAAGGUCGAUCUUUCUGUUUCCUUUCCGAUGGAACUUGACAUGGUGCCCUAUACGGCAUGGCAUCAGAAGAAUGCGAUCAAUGGCCACUCGUCGGUACCAACUAAUCACUCUACAGCGAAUGGAGAUGUCGCCAAUGGAGAAAGCAGCAGUGCAAACAGUAAACUGAAUGCAGAAGCGACAUACCUUCUUUCAGCUGUCAUCGUACACAAAGGCGACAUCAACUCGGGACAUUAUGUAAGUUAUGCAAGGGAAGGAAAAGACUGGUUUCUUUUUGAUGAUUCAAAGGUUGUUCUUGUCGGAGAUAGUGAGGUGUUAGGCGCAGAGGCCUAUCUUUUGGUCUACGUUAUGGCGAAGGUGUAGGAAAUGUUAAGCACUAUAAUGACCCAAUGAACAAUGUGGCCAUAGUAAA